AGCGAGCACGAGCGAGGGUGCACGGAGCGCAGUGUGCUCGCGAAGGGUUGCCUUGGCUGCGGGCACGCCAGUGCAGCCGCCGGUAUACCACCAGGCAGGAGUAGUCGCCGCGGCUCGACGAUGUUCACGGUUGAGCUGAGUUGAGCGCGCGCGAGGAGGAGGAGGAGGAGGAGGAGAGGAGAUUGUUCGCGGGCCACCCUCUCGCGCCUUUGCUUCACUCAUCCUGUUCGCGACUUCGGCUGCGGGGGGUGAGACAGGAAGACAGAGAUGCCAGCAGCUGGUGCGGCCGUGCCGGCCGUUGUCGAGGGUGCCGGUCAACUGGAGGACCUGGAUGAACCACCCGAGCCGCGUGUUCGUGGUGGCAGUGGACGGGCCGGCUUGAUGAAACCCCUGGUGGUGUUAGCCCUACCCGGCAUGUACCUCUUCUACAAGUACAGCCAGUACAGGCGGGAACAGCGCGAGCUCUCUCGCCGAAGGGUCACUGAGAGGGAGCUUCAGCAUCUUCAUCACAAAAUCGAUAAGUUGCUGACGAAAUUAGAGGAGAACGAGCCGGAGCUGGCAUCAUCGCAGGAGGACGAGUGUGUCAUAUGCGUGAACGCGAGAGCGACGAUGCAAACGGCGCCAUGUGGGCAUCGAGUGGUCUGCAGACGCUGCUUCGUCAAGACGAUACAAAUGGCGGUGUCGCAGAGGCUGCUGCCGCUGAGAUGCGUGAUAUGCAGAGCGAAGAUCCUGCGGCUGAAGCAGACUCUCAUUCCGCGCGACUAUUCGAUGUCGGGUAAAUCCUGGGUGCUCCCGCAAAGCGCGUCGGAGUACAACAUGGGCACCGGUGUCACCGCCGGCGUGUCCGGCCCCGGCGGCAGAUGGGGAACCGGAAGUGUACCAGCCUCCGCCUCUUUAUACUCGAUGACCAGCGGUUCGUCCUCCAUCUCUGGAGUGUCUUCCGUUUCUUCGGCAACUUCCUCGUCCGCGAACAGUACUGGAAGUUCCGGCAAACCCUCGAGGCUACGGCAACCUACAGGCGCUACCUUUAGACGUUGCCAGACGCAGUCGAUGAAACUGAGGAUCCAGGAAUAUCAGGAUCCAAUUCAGCAAGUCGCCGAAGAGGAGGAGAUUCUGCGGGACAACCGGGAACGUCGAUUGCCUCCGAUCAAAGAAUUCCAGAGGGACUAUCGCGCUGGCAAGGCGUCCACCAGAAUCAGAUGUGCUCAAAAGAUCGUGACGCAGCUGGAAACGUCGCCGAGUCCGAGGGGUGCGUCCGGCGUCACCACGGCAUCAUCGUCAUCGUCAGCGUCAGCGUGUGGCCGCGUCGCGCCAAAGCGGCCGACAUCGGCGCCGAAAAUGUCGGUGGUCCAGGAGGUGCAGAAGUCGAAGAAAGAGAAGGAACGGGAAAAAGAGCGCGAGAAAGCGGAGAAGGCGCGGCAGAAGGAGGAGGAGAAGGCGGAAAAAACCAGGCAAAAAGAGGCGAAGAAAUUGGCGAAGGAGGAGAAGAAGAGAGCAAAGAAGGAAGCGAAGGCGCGGCGGAAGGAAGCCGAGGAGGCUCUUCUUAGGGACGAAAAGUAGGGAUCUGACCGAUCGCGUAAAAAAUCUCGAGAUGGGUAUCGAGAGGUCGAUCGUCGUGAUACAGGUAUCGUGAAGAGUCCUUGGGUAACCGACGACGACUUCCGGUGUCUCGUAUCAGCAUAGAAUCGACAGCAUGCACGGGACGAGUUGCGGACUUUCGCAUUAUCACGGGAAUAACGGAGCUUCGUAAUGUCUUGCUCUUGAAGAAGGCCUCUUGAAAAUCCCACAGUCAACUAUCGACUAGCGAAUAUGGCCUAGUACGAAAGCGGUCUCCUCAAAGGCGAACACUUGGCACAGUUGCACGGAUCUUGUUGGCGUUAAUAAAUCCGACGUGCGCCAUUGUAUCCACGGUUCGCUCGUUGCCUGAAUAAAAUGUUAAUAACUCACUGGAACAGUUCGUAACUCGUCCUGAACUACACCUUGAAACGUAGGCUUGCGAGAGAGGACGGUGCAAGGAGAAGUAUACCUAAAAAAAAAUCUAGAAGCGGCCAAACUUAGUAACCCGUCAUAUCGAGUUAUCGCGGACUAAUAUUAUUACCGAUAGGAAAACUCGAACAUAGCGCUACAAUUUAGAAUCCGAGCGGAUUAUUUCGACCUUAUGCUCUUACGAUUGCGAUUGUUUCAUCCCGGAAUCAUCGUGUCUCAUCUUCCGUUUGAAUCAUCUAGUCGAAAUCUACGAGAAUCCGUAAGAUCGGAAUUCGGCUAUACGGAUGGUCACAUCUCACAAUUGGUUAACGAUUAAUGACUGUUAUACGAACGAUCAUUGCAAGAUAUACCAAAUUCAUAGCUGAUUCAUUCGCAUGAUGAGCGUUUUCACCGUAAUGUUAAUCGUUGACCGCCAAUUCCUGAUAAUCGAUAAUCCCGUUCCUCCAGUCAAUUUAAACUAGUCAUCGUACCUUCGCCUACGACAUUAACGAAAAAAGAAAGAAAAACAUUCGAUUCUCGAUCAUCUCCAUCUUCCUCUGACAUCUCAUCUCAACAAUGGAGAACAGCGCGGGGUAAAGUGCUUGCAGAAUAUAUUACGACAUUACAAUUUCUCGUAUUCCACUAGUAGCGUAAAAAUAAAAUUAUUUUCCGUUUCGACCUGUCGCGAAAUGACUUUGGUAUGUAAAACUCGAUAAAUCUCAUUUCUAGGACGCCGAAGAGAGAUCUAAGCGGCAAUCUAAGGAUUUGUAGGUCUUGCGCAAUUCCGCCGAAGUUGAACCGAAGAAAAAGAAGCCGCAAGCAUUUUCCUCCGCUCGCUACUUCGCACUCCUCGCAUUAAAUAUCCUUCCUCCCCGCAUCCAUCACGUAUGUUGUAUAUACACCCGCACAGGAUUCACAAGCGGACGUGAGGGAUUCUCGUGCCGCAAGCAAAGUCGUACGAGUCGCGUACGAGGAUAGCCUAAUAAGAUCGAUUUGUUAAAACGCGAGAGAGGGUAUAUACCUAAUAACGAGAUAGUCUUAUAUAGAGUACAAUAUACAUAUAUACAUUUAUAAAUAUAUAUAUUAUAUAUAUAUUAUAAAUAGACAGAGAAAGAGAACAGAAAUUUUUGAACACAGCGCGUGUCUCGUUACUGUUCGUAAAUUCGUAGGCUCGUAGGAACUCUUGAUAUCGAUUACCCUCUCGGUUCAACUCCUUCUCCGCGCUCGGCAGAUUCGCGAGCGACUUAUUAUCUAAAACGAAACAAGCAAUUAAUUAUAAAAUCGCUAUGCCCUGUUACGGCGUUCCGUAGGAUUCCUCGUAAAGAGUUUCGAUGACGUUACACAAGAGUUGCGCGCUGAUAAUUAGCUUUAAUGACGAGAACCCCCGUGUGUCGUCGACACACCACAUGACACACACACACACACACACACACACAUGUACACCUACACGCGACACACAGACGAUUCUUCGAUCUUAGAUCCCAUCCCUGACCUCGAUCGUCUAUCGCCUUGUGAGUCUCCCGUGAGCAGCCGAAAAUCAAAAGCAAUUUUUUUAUCAAGUCUGCGCGUGAGGAUUAGCUGCAGGUCUCGAUAUCAAAAUGAUCAAUGGUAUAGGGAAGUAGGCGACGUCGUCCACCUGCUGGGUGAACGGCGACCACAUUAGCGGGAAGUUCAGCGUUACAUUCAGCGAUGCAUUUAACAAAAACGAUGACGGUUUGAUAACAAUGACAAUACUUCUUUUGUAACCGAAAGAAAGCGCAAGCGAGCGUGAAAUCUUUCGGCAAGCCACAAGUCGUUACGAGCUGACACAUCACGCCACGAUAGCGGGACGGAUGAGAAAGUCUCAAAUGCCAUUUCUUGUCCUUUGGUUAAUUCGCUCUGUGGGAUCGAGCUCGAUGCACAAUUCUAAUAAUAUGGGCGCAAGAAAAUCAAACACCGAAUAGUAUUCCAAUGAGCCGCGGUAUAUGUAUAGAAUACUAUAUGGAAUAAUAAACCGCGAACCAUACCGUGCCCCGUAAAUCGUAUGAUAUUUAUAAAUUGCAUAAAUUUCUGAUGAGAUUGCUAUUAAGCGUGAGGCGCAGUAAAUUGAAAUAAUGCGGCAGCGUAGAAGAAAGCGCAAUUUAUUUGGCUUCGUAAUCUUUUUUGCCACGUUACGUAAAAUUCAAUCAGUUGCAUCCAAUCAUUAGCAGCUCAUGGUAUGGUUCGGCGAUUUCGAGAUCAAGUAUAGUCGCGAAGGUAGCAGGUAUUAGCGCUGCCGAGAAACAGAUACGGCGGCAUUCGAGAAGAAUUGGAUGACGAUUUUAAUUGUAUACCAAAAAAGCGAUCGUGCACAUAUCAGUAGUGAUAGUCAACUUUAAUUAGCGUUCUCGUUUGGACCGCAUUGCGCCGCUCUAAGAUGACCCAAUUUUCAUUUCUCCCAUCCAUCCUCCCUCUCUCUUCACGAGUGAGUGAGUGAGCCGGCGGAAUUAAAGUAAUUAAACGAUAUAAUCGCGAGCGGCAAUGAGGUUAAUCCGAUGACGCUACUUAUUAGCGUGUAACGUUUACCGUCAAUUAUUAUACCCAUUGCAUCGAUCCCAACUGUGACAAGCCCGACUCGUAGUACGGCAUACUUGAUAAUCAAAAUAAGCAUCUAUGGGGAUCCUCGACCUGCCAUCUCUUUCGUUUUUAAAUCGAAAUCGAGUCGAGGAUCGUUCGUAGGAAGCAUGUAGGGUCUAGGAAGUUUUCCUUACGGCUCAUAUAAAUCUAUGCGACCGCGAGACUUUCUCGAAUCCCGAGGCGGAGGGAUGCGGAGGGUUGCUGCGAGUGCGAAACGCAAUUAGCGUGCGUCUAAAGCGCGGAAGUACGACGAGAAAGCGCGAGGGUGUCUUUUGCCAUCACGUCAUGUCAAUUCCCGUGAGAUCAACCGGCGACCGGUCCUCGUGGUAGCAAAAUCGAUACGGUUCACGAUUUCUCGGAGUCACACCAACGGGAAAUGCCUGCGCUGUUGUAUCGAAACGAAAGCGCGAGACCGAAACGCGAGAGUCUCUCGUUGUACGGCGAAUCUCUUCGACGUAACAGAUUUGUUAAUCCUUGCCACGAAUUUUCGACUGUAUUUGGAGAAAUGUAAAUUGAAUUGAAUGGAGAAGAUAAUUUCGUGAUCAACUGGAUUCAAACGAGUGACUGGUCCGCAUGUUCAUACGGCAAACAGCAAUAUUAACUCUGCGCUUCAUCGCUUGACGGAAUCAAAAACGGAAUCAAACAGCGAGAGAGAUGAUGCGUAGAGGCGUAGAGGAAAAAUCAUAUACGUAAAAUUACGAAAACGUACGUUAAAACUCUGAAGAAAAAGACGAGUUUAGUUAAGCAAAUUGCGCAUUUUAACUGAUACGUAAUCUACGGACAUUUUAACACAUCACUCGAUACUUGAGGAUUAACAAUGGGCAGGCAGAAAAAUGCGGAGAAAAGAGGAGGUAGCGUAAUCGUUGGCAAUAAUCUAAGAACAGAAGUGCGUAGACGAAGUGGGGGACGAUCUCUCCCACUUGUCUCGCCUGUGCGAUAGUACGAAGCGCGUAUAUCACGAUUAGACAUAACGAGAGCGACUUUAUUGUACUUUAUUACAUAAGGCAGAAUUUGUAGACAGUUUGUAUUAGGCUGAUAUCAUCGCCAGAGCGAUCCUCGUCCGAGAACGAGGCCCGAUUAUCGCUUCGAGUUUCAACAUAAUGCUCGCGUAACUCUGGAAAAUCCCAUAUUUUACCUUCUACGUUCUACAGACAGUAUCGGAAACUUUUGCAUUAGGCGAGAUCAUAGAUGAAGCUGAUGACCGUUGCUUUCCGUUCGAUACCACUUUCGUUCCUCUUCCUAAAUCGUUCGCAACAAUCUUCUUCUGGUACCAUGUCAACGGAGCACGAUACGUGGAGAAAAGAUCGUAGAUGCGAUCGAGGAACGCGAGCUGCGUAAAAUCAAAAUCGUCUGAAGAUUGGACGUGGAAUAACGUAGGAGUAAUCUCGUGGCAACCUCGCGUUCCCAGAUCGACCUUCGUAUACCCGGACUUCGGACACCCGCUACAUUCGAAGCGCGUUGAAAGACGGUAAACUGAUGUUAUAAUAUUAGUGACGGAACGUUUACAUCGUAGCGAAUAAGCGUUAACAGCUAGUGAACGAAAGUAGCAUCUUCGGUUCAUCUAUUGCGAGCUUCUUAGAAAUUUUCGGAGGGCAGUGGUCCCCUUUUCCCUCUUCUCGAAUGUAUACGGCGUAUCUUCUCGACUGCAUCUUGGAUCUCAUUGACUCGCGCUCGACAAAUAAGACGAGGGAUAUAAAAAGAAAAAAAAGAAGAAGAAAAGAACGGCUUGAACGGUUGAUUUUAUCGAGUCUAUUUUUAGUAGUUUUGUUCAGAGGCUAAACAGGCGAAGAAGGAAACUUAUACAAAAGAUUAUAUUACGUGAUGUGUUGCGACAACUAUAAGAGCAGAUAAUGGAUAUAAAAAACAAAUCAAAUAAAACGUUAUGAUGAAUGUUA